AAUAAUAUUUUGGAAAUUAUCUUAUUUAGGAUAUCUAAUGAAUCUCGUAAGUUAAACUACCAGGAUACAAGUAAAUGAAAUUAUAACCUCGAAAUCAAACCAAAACAAACCGAAAUGGCAACAAAAUUCGACGUUGCUGCGUAUAAUUUCCGUAAGAAAUGCCCUUACGUGAGCAAAGAUCUCCUUCACUGGUUCCCGGGGCACAUGAAUAAAGGGCUAAAACAGAUGCAGCGAAAACUCAAGUCAGUAGAUUGUGUGAUCGAAGUUCACGACGCUAGAAUCCCAUUUACAGGCCGUAAUCCCAUCUUCACAAAUACGUUGACAGGUGCUAAGCCUCAUAUCCUAGUUUUAAACAAAAAAGACUUAACAAUACGAUCGUUAUUGCCAAAGAUAAAAGACCAACUCACUUCCGAAGGUGUACAGAACGUAAUAUUUACAAAUUCAAAGGAUCAGCAUUGUCGUGGGCUUAAGUCAUUGCGACCUCGUUUGGUGGAUAUAAUUAAGAACUCUAACAGAUAUAAUCGGAGUGAAGAAUUAGACUACAGUGUCAUGAUCAUUGGUGUCCCAAAUGUUGGCAAGUCAUCCCUCAUCAAUAUGCUUAGAAGUCGUAAUAUGAAUAUAAAGCAUGCUCUACCAGUCGGAGCAGUGGCCGGUGUCACUCGAAGUGUGAUGACUAAGAUUAGAAUAAAUAAUGACCCUAAAAUAUUUAUGUUAGACACUCCAGGAAUCCUAGAGCCAUCAGUAUCAAAUAUAGAGAUGGGGUUGAAACUCGCUCUGUGCGCGUCGUUACAAGAUCACCUUGUCGGCGAAGAAAUCAUAGCAGACUAUCUCCUGUACUGGCUCAACAAACAUGGUAGCUUCAAGUAUGUGGACUACCUGGGUCUGGAGGAACCGUGUGAUGAUAUUAACAAGGUUCUCAUCACAGGCUCAAUAAAAUUAAACCGCGUGAGACGGACCCGAGACUUUGAUGGACGAAUUCGCGAAGUCCCCGACGUCGUGGAAGUCGCCAGAACGAUGAUCCGAGCGUUCAGGACCGGGGAGCUGGGAAAAAUAUUGCUAGAUAUUGAUCUACUGAAGAGAGAUGGCGAACAAGAAAAUGUUCUUGCGUAGUUAUAAUAAUGAACGCUUUGUAUAAUGUUCUCUAACAGUUUGUACAAAUAAUAAAUAAGAAAACUUAAUAAUAAAUGGAAUAAUAAUAAGUGGAAUGAGAAUUAAAAAAUAUAUAUUAAUUUAAGAACAUCAUUCCAAAUUGUCUGUCUAAAACCAUGCUUUAAAAUCCUUUGAAAGUAUUUGAACAAUGACAGUUGGUAUAGAUCGUAGCCAUCACGGUAGCAUGCGAAAGCGAUCCUGUUGCGCUCCUCGUUAAGACGGAAAGGGUACCGCUGGUUUUUUAGUGAGUAUUCCGAUGUUCGAGGCGCACUCGGCGCCUUGGACACCGGCGAGCCACACAUACCCCUCACCCACUAACAAAAAAAAAAGAUCGUAGCCAUAGUUGAAUGCCAUCGGGUCCUCAGCCUUAGUACACGAGAGCUUGUCCUUACCUCCUCCACUGUGUCCAACUACAUUUCACCGAUUGUCAGGUGUCAGGACCCUUCACACGAUCCACUCUGCUGAUCAUAAAAGUACCAGGAGAGAUUCGUAUGGCAUUGACCUCAGUCGUUCUCCACAAGAACUCCGAUGAGCACCUACCGACCGUGCCUAGGGUGCAACAUUUCGUUUCAUAAACAUUGGACUUUGCCAGCUCGGUUGGACUAUAGAAGCAAAUAAUGAAUGCAUUCAAAGUAAUCAAAUUAAACAUAUUUAAUAAAAUUCAAUUAAACAAAAUUUCAAACAUUAAACUUUCCGCAUUUUUAAUAUAAGGUUUUUAUUUCAAAACUCGAGUCAAUUAAAGUAAUUAUUGAAAUAUAACAAUGUUAACUUUAGCUGCUUCAAUAUAAUUAAAACAAAAUAAACAGACAUGCGUGUUAAUAAAUAAACAUACAAUUAUAUGCGCGGUAAAUUGUAAAUACAUAAAAAGUUUUACGG